GAAAUGUUUUCAAAUAGAAGAUUAUACACUUACAUUUGCUGGAUAAUAUAAUUUUUUUUCUGUUUUUUGUUUCUUUCUUUCUUUAGGUGCAUAGUAAAAUGAAAGUUGACCUACAUACACAUAUUUUACCCAAGACAUGGCCUAACUUGAAAAAGAGAUAUGGGUACGGAGGGUGGAUUCAGCUUUGUCAUUGUGACGAUGGUACGUGCGACAUGAUGAAGGAUGACACGUUUUUUCGAAAAGUAAAACCAAAUUGUUUCUCUCCAGAAGCUAGAAUCAAAGAAAUGGAUGAAACUGGUGUUGAUGUGCAGGUAUUAUCAACUGUUCCAGUUAUGUUUGGUUACUGGGCUAAACCAGAUGAUACGUUGGACUUGUGCAAAAUUUUUAACGAUGAUUUGGCUGCAACUGUUGCGAAAUAUCCAAAAAGAUUUGUUGCGCUUGGAUCUUUGCCAAUGCAGGCUCCUGAACUUGCAAUACAAGAAUUACGUCGCUGUGUCACAGAACUUAAUUUCCCUGGUAUCAUGAUUGGUUCGCAUAUAAACAAUUGGAAUUUAGAUGCAGAUGAACUUCAACCUGUUUUUAAGGUGGCCGAAGAAUUGGGAGCUUGUAUUUUUGUCCAUCCGUGGGACAUGGAAUUAGAAGGACGAAUGUCGAAAUACUGGUUGCCAUGGUUAGUUGGCAUGCCUGCAGAAACAGCAGUAGCCAUAUGUUCACUCAUAUUCGGUGGUGUAUUGGAAAGAUUUCCAAAACUAAAAUUUUGUUUUGCACAUGGGGGUGGCUCAUUUCCAUACACAAUUGGACGCAUUCAAAAUGGUCACGAUGUUCGUCCUGACCUGUGUGCUGUUAAUAAUCCCAUAGCUCCAAGAAAAUAUUUGGGAAGAAUAUACACAGACUCACUGGUACAUGACGCCGACGCGCUGUCGUAUUUAGUAAAAGUAAUUGGCGAAGAUAGAGUUAUUUGUGGUUCUGAUUAUCCGUUUCCUCUUGGUGAACACCAUCCAGGGAAGUUGAUAUCUAACUUGGACACAUUAAGCGAGACUGUUAAGGAAAAACUUUUGUCUGGCAACGCUAUGGAAUUUCUUGGCGUAGAUCCUGCAAAGUUUGCUGGGGAUAAUCAAGAUACCAAAAAGUAACCUUCUGGUGAAGAAAAUAUUUAGGUACAACAGUGUAGAUAAUUUUUUUUAAAUAACCACGCAAUUUUUGUACGUUAUCUAUUUGAAAUUAAACCCGGUUUACAUUGAUCGAUUAAUUAUUAAUUAAGGUUUGUUUUUAGUUGCAACAAACGAUUUUUUUGUCGUUUUGUUUUUUACAAUUCAAGAAAUACGUUUUUCAAAAUCUUGCUUGUGUUGUUCAUGGGGGAAGAUUGACAAAAUAUUUCACAUAAAAAGUGUGUUUUGACUAGAUCUCAGUACUCAGAAGGUAACAUCUCGGAAUUUGUAUAAUUCAUCAAAUGAACGGAACUCGUGACUAAAUGAUAUUUUGCCGAACUUGUUUUAAUUGUCAAGCAAAAUAUAUUUUACCGCCGUGAGACUUUUUUUUAAAAAGUGUUUAAAAAUUACUUCUUUUUUUUUUUCGCGUUGUUAAAAGAAAUGUUCUGUGCGAAAAUUUACUUCAAUAUUUUGCGUACAAUCGCACAUCCUGAUUUGUCAUUUUUUUAUUAUUUAAGAACUUCGAUAAGUUUUGUAAGAUAAAUCCGUUAAGAUUGGUCCAUCAAUGUAACCCGGCGUGAGGUACAAAUAUUAAAGAUUAUAUUUUUGCAUUAUA